AUGAAUCGCCUCUCAUGUGUCAUGGUUGUAAUUGCAUUAUGUAUAGGAUUUAGUAAUGCGAAAAUGAAAAAUUCCGUACAUUUCAAGAACUCUCUUCUCCCGAAAAAUAUUCUGAAGAUUCAUUGUCUCUCAGACGAAGAUGACCUAGGCAUCCACUUUUUGAACCCUGGACAAACAUACAAUAUUAGGUUUAAUGACAGUAUUUUCAAAACCAAAAUUGAUUGCCAACUAUGGCAGGGAAUCAAUUACAACUUUUUUGCAAAGUUCAGAGCAUAUAAAAGUGGUGGUCUCAUAGUUCAUCAUGGUAAGAUGAAUUUUUGGGAUGCUAGAGAAGAUGGGAUUUACUUCACACAUGGUAAACAAAUUCCCAAAUUAGAGUAUAAGUGGAAGGAUAUUUCAUUACGCAAAAAAAUAAAAGUUAGACCACCAUCUUUGUUUUAA